GGAGGAGAGGCAGAGACAGAAGAACCACCCGGAAGCCUGGGGAUCAGCUCAGCCUAGAGUGUUCACCAAAGCAGAAAUAAGAGAGAGCCUGCCUCAGAACGAGGUGAAACCAGAGAACCAACUUCCACAAGCUACCCUCUGACCUCCACAGCCGUGGAGACUGGAAGCUCAGAAGCAAGUGUCCAGAGGCUCUGUACAGGAAUGGGGUGUGACAGCUUCUCCAGGGGGCCUCUGCACCUCUCCAUCCACCUGUGAGCCAUUUCCUCCUGUACUGCCCUGACCCAGACUGAAGCCACCCAACGCAUCACAGGACAUCCUCCCAUGAUGACAACCAAGAACAUUUUCCCAGACUCAAAGCCAAUGACGGGCAUCCAGACUUCUUCAGAAGCCCUCAACCCCACCACCAAAUCUUCUACGACCAACAAGUCCAAGGGAUCCAUCUUUGAGAUGCGGGACUCAGUCAGGAAUCUGCCUGAGCAACUCCCAGAGAAUUGUGAAUCCUCACUUUCUAACUCUACAAACUUAUACCAUCUGGGCCUGUAUCCAGUUAUACCAAGGAAAUUUCUGACCCCAAGGCUGCAGACAUGUGACCCUAUUCCUAAGGCCACAAAAAUCUGUGUCCCUAAGGAUCCCUUGGCCAAGCUUCAGCUGACAGAUGAGGCAUAUGAGUUGAGAAAGAAUCUCAGCCCAGCCCUAUACCCUCUCAAGAAUACACCCACUGUGUCAGCCAUGAAGGUACCCUCUGCAGAUACCAUGGAGGCACCCUCUGAAGAUACCAUGGAGGCACCCUCUGAAGAUACCAUGGAGGCACCCUCUGCAGAUAACAUGGAGGCACCCUCUGCAGAUAACAUGGAGGCACCCUCUGCAGAUAACAUGGAGGCACCCUCUGCAGAUACUAUGGAAGCACCCUCUGCAGAUACAAUGGAGGUACCCUGUUCAUCAGUGGUGAAGGCACCCUCUUCAGUGACCUCAAAGAGACUCUCUGCAGGGGCCAUGAAGCCAAGAACCAAGACCCAAGAUACGAACCAGAAGGAGCAAGACAAUGAAAACCAUUGUUUUUCCCUUGACCUUGUGCUUGUCAUCCCAAACCAGUCAACUCUGGGCAUCCAACAUGUCCCUAUUCCAGAGGCCACAAAGGUCACUAUUCCAGGGACUCAUGUUAUUUCUUGAACAACCAUAAAAUAAACAACCGACUGCA